UCACAAUCGCCCGACUUUACCCGGUAGGUUUAUUAGCUUUCAUUAUCACGAGCAAUCCUGCUCAAAAUUUUUUUGUAUUUUGCUCGUAUCGCUUGCAUCUGAUUGCAUUGACUGCUGUUAAAUUGCGCUACAUCUUUGCUGUGUAUACCCUCUCUAUAUGACCGAUAGACUCAAGCAAGUUUUCAGUCAAUUAUCCGCUUCAUCCAAAAUGUCUUCGGAACUGUGGCAGAAUGUCCCUUUGGCCCCUCCGGACAGUAUUUUCAAGUUGACUGCAGCAUACAAAGCUGAUACCUUCGACAAAAAAGUCAAUCUUGGAGUUGGCGCGUAUCGCGACGACAAUGAUAAGCCAUGGAUCCUGCCUGUUGUCAGGAAGGCUGAAGAAAUCAUUCUGAAUACGCCUGCAUUGGAUCACGAAUAUCUGCCUAUCACUGGUCUCCCCGAGUUUACGAUCGCUGCUGCGAAGCUCAUCCUUGGGCCUGAUUCAAGCGCCAUUGCCGAAGGAAGAGUCACUACUGUGCAAACAAUUUCUGGAACUGGUGCGAAUCAUCUAGGAGCUCUGUUCCUGUCACGAUUUUAUCAGUGGUCGGGAGACAAGAAGGAGGUUUAUCUGAGCGAUCCGACUUGGGCUAAUCAUCCCGCGAUCUUCAAUAACGUCGGUAUUGCUUCGCUCUACUAUCCUUACUAUGAUCCCAAAACCAUUGGCCUCAAUUUUGACGGCUUUCUGUCCUCACUCAAAUCCGCGCCUUCCGGCUCCGUAUUCCUUAUCCAUGCUUGUGCUCACAAUCCGACUGGUGUUGAUCCCACUCGGGAUCAAUGGGAUGCGAUUGCUAAAAUCAUGCUAGAUAAGGGUCAUUACGGGUUCUUUGAUUGUGCAUAUCAAGGUUUUGCUAGUGGUGAUUUGGAUAAUGAUGCCUGGGCCGUUCGAUUCUUUGUCGACAAGGGCGUGAACAUGUUGAUCUGUCAGAGUUUCGCAAAGAACGCCGGCCUCUACGGAGAACGAGUCGGGGCUCUGCAUGUCGUUUCACCAAACAAGGAGGCAGCGGAACGUGUCAAAAGCCAGCUAUCUGUUCUGCAACGCAGCGAGAUAAGCAAUCCACCCUCAUAUGGUGCUCGUAUCGUCACUUUGAUCCUCAACGAUCCCGCACUUUUUGACGAAUGGAAGCGCGACAUUUCGACCAUGGCUGGGCGCAUUAUUGACAUGCGCAAGGAGUUGUUCAAAAUUCUAACGGAGGAGUUGCAUACGCCCGGGAACUGGGAUCACAUUGUGAAUCAAAUCGGGAUGUUCAGUUUCACUGGAAUAACACCCGAGCAAAGCAAAGCCCUGACAGAGAAGGCUCAUAUUUAUCUGACCGUCAAUGGAAGGAUAAGUAUGACCGGAUUAAACCGUAACAACAUCCGAUACUUUGCUACCUCACUAGAUGCGGCUGUGCGAGGUACUUUGUAGGUUAGAGAUAGAGGAAAGAAGAUUUUAAAAUUUUGCAAAGAAUUGUACACACACUCCCGCUACUGUCUACAUAUGUACACUCUGGAGUCUGGAACCUAGAGUACAUACGCAUAAAUCUACGGGAGCUCUGAUUGGUUACUAUACCUACGGCACCGCCGUCAGUGUGAGAAAGAAAGCGUCAUAUAUAUAAAUUUUUAUCAAAAGCCUUGAGCACAUGAUAUGACCUCAUUGACAUUUCAAUUUUCCCCUUCCGUAUUCAUCAAUUUGGAGCCUGAGUAUGUGUUGACUUUUUGUGCCGUUUCCGCCGCCGUUCUGCUCAUUCUCGGACAACAAACAAACUGUCGUUGUCGUUCAGACA